AUGGACCGUGUUUCUGGUCUCCCUGAGCCGCCUCGAUCAGAACCUAUCCUGCCUCUCUCGUCCCAGGAAAUUCCCUCCUCCCCGCCUUCUGUAGCCUCCGAAGCUGGUGGUGGACGACGACCUAGAAAACCACCAACGGUCACUCCUCGAUCCUUCAGGCGUUUCUUUACCCCCAGGUCUCUGUUAAAUAGCGGCAAUGCCAGCAGCGUGAAGACCAGUCGCCAGGCCUUGAGGGCACUGACCUCGCCAGCUGUCAACCGUCUAGGGCCCGCAUUUACAAGAUCGUCCAAAGCUGGCAGCCCCAGGAGCCCUCACGAUGGCUUACCGGAGGAUUUCAUUCGGACUCCCAGCAGGAAAAGAAAGCAUUCGUUCUCUUCGGUGGUCUCCCCAUUGCAGUCGUCGCCUUUGAAAAAGGUUCGUGUGCGAUCACCGGUGGGUGACGAUGUGGAGCAGAGGGUUACCAUUCGCGAUAUCGAUUUGACCUCCAUCCGAGGACGUUUUAGUGAACCAACGCCACCCAGCCCGCCUAAGCGCCGACCGGUCUCCCCAGUCAGCCGCUCUCGGGCUUUGCAAACGUCUGGUUCAUUGUUUAUGCGAACAGUACAAGGCUCACGUGCGAACCGGUUGACCAUUCGGUCUACUGCUGGAGCUGGCUGGCAAGAUCUCACAUCCGACUUCCAUUCGCGACCGGAAGACCGUCACUCAUGUGCUAGCUAUGCUACGGAGGGACAGAUGGCACUCCCGUUCUGCAAUGCUUCCUGCAAUACCAAUUCACUCGUGGCAGUCGGUGAUGAAGAGGGAGGGAUUCGUCUGUUGGAUUCUUCCAAAGAGGAUGAACGCGGCUUCUCCAGUGCAUAUCUCGGUUUUCGUCCUCACAUGAACUCGAUUAUGGACCUCGAGUUCUCGUCCGACGAUAUGCUUCUGGCCACGGCCUCUGGCGAUCAAACAUCCAUGAUCAUUGACAUGACCACGCAACGACCUGUUCACUGCUUGUCUAACCAUGUCUCAUCAGUAAAGCGCGUCCAGUUCCAGCCAGGUUCGAACAACAAGGUCCUCGCAACGUGUAGUCGGGACGGCAAUGUCAACAUUUGGGAUCUUCGCUGCAAAGGAUUCGAACGUCCUGCUCUGCAAGUCAGAUGCUCGCUAGAAUCUGAGGGCGAAACCCCUGCCAGUCUCGCGCCUCCAAAGAUGACAUAUCCUCACGUUCUCAACACCAUUCAUGGUGCUCAUGCAUUUUCUACACCGCAAAAAGCUGUUAUGGAUAAAGCGGACGCUCCUCCGUUCGGUCGUUCCGAUAUCACUGUCACCUCUCUUGCCUUUCUUCCUCCGGGCCAAGAGAACCUCUUCGUCACAGCCUCAGAGGCCAGCGCCAGUGUUCGCCUCUGGGAUUUGCGCACGGCGCACAACAACCGUCGUGGCCGACCCGUUCUCCCACUGUCUACCACAAGGGAGCCCGACAGCCACGUCAAAUAUCGGCGGUUUGGUCUGACUUCCAUGGCUGUUGGUGGUGACGGUGCAAGAUUGUACACUCUUUGCCGAGAUGGUACUGUAUACGCAUACUCAACCGCGCAUCUGGUGCUCGGACACGCGCCUGAACUUUCUCAGAACCACGACCGUCCACGGCGCUCGGGUGGUUCCGAUAAGGAGGGUCUGGGGCCUCUGUACGGGUUCCGUCACCCGCGGCUCCAAGUGUCCUCAUUCUACGUCAAACUUGCACUUCGCAAAGCAGUCAACGAUCGCGCGGAGAUGCUAGCAGUGGGCAGCAGUGACCACUGCCCUAUACUCUUCCCUACCGAUGAACGAUUCUUGCAACCCCCUGUGAAAACAGUGUCCGAUGAUCUCCCCGUUACCCGAACUUCUCUUUUCACCACCCGGUCAGGACUCCGCCGCACAAACUCCGGCAUUGGCCUAUCCGGCCGCCUGGAGGACACGAUCCCGAUCCACCAGUCCGGCACCCCCCUCAUUGAAGGCCACCAGAAAGAAGUGACCGGGAUGUCUUGGACGGUUGAUGGUGAACUGAUCACAGUCAGCGAUGACUAUAGCGCUCGGUGCUGGCGUGAAGGCCCCGAAGCGCGCGAUCUCCGAAGAAACGGCCAUAACGAAGGUCGAGGCUGGCAGUGUGGCUGGGCUGCAGCGAAAGACCCCUAUGACGACGAAGAUGAAUGA